AUGCAUUCCGUAGCAAAAGUUGAAUUAACUGAUGAAGAAAAAGCGCUAAAAAAGAAACAAUUAGAAGAGAAGAGAAUUAAAUAUCGGACUUUUUCAGGUGAAUUGAAUGAUGAAAUUUUAAAAAUUACAAGAAAAAUAUUAGAAAAAAUUCCUGACAUAAGCACGAUGUGGAAUAUUAGGAGGGAAACAUUAGAGAAAUUCUUAAAACAGUCUUUGGAUGAAAUUAAGAAAUGCGAUGAUUUAUUGUCAGCUGAAUUGGCUUUCACCGAAUUUUGCAUAAUGAAAGACAGUAAAACAUAUGGGAUAUGGUACCAUCGUGCAUGGAUAUUGGAACAUAUGAGCCAAGUAGAUUUUGCAAAUGAACUGGCAUUAUGUGAAAAGCUCUUGCAAAUUGAUGGAAGAAAUUUUCAUUGUUGGGAUUAUCGUCGUAAGGUAGCCAAAAUGGCUGCGAUUUCUAAAAAGGAUGAAUAUGAGUUCUGCAAUCGUAUGAUCAAUGCAAAUUUUAGCAAUUAUUCAGCUUGGCAUUAUCGCUCAUCUAUUUUGCCGGAUUUAUUUCAUUCAAGUGGUGAUUUACGCUUAAGAGAAGAUAUUGUUCUUGACGAAAUCAAACGGUUAAAGAAUGCAUUUUUCACUGAUCCAGAAGACCAGAGUUCGUGGAUUUACGCUGAAUGGCUGUCUUCAAGUAAUAAGAUUCAAGGUCAGUAUUUUCUUCUUUUAUUUUAUUUAUUUAUAUUAUUUUUUAUCAAUAUCUUUUCUUUAAUAUAUUUUUUUUAUCACAUCACGAAUCACAAUGAAAUCCUAUCAAAUUUAAAUCUUCUUGGUAAUAGUCUGGACACUAUGCAUCAUAAAAUGUAUGACGAUCUUGCUGAAAUCUUGAGAGUUAAUGAAUUUUUGCGCAGGUUUUCUUCGAACGGAAUUCGUUUAAUUGACGAUAUAAUCGCAAAAGAGCGCACAGAACAUUGCCAUCGAUUUGUAAAUAUGUCUUUGAAAAGAUUGCAUGGUUUAUAUGUACUAAAAAAACUCGAAUAUUUAUCUAUCGCUCGUACGCUUGUAGCUUCGGUGAAGGACAUUACAAGCAUUUUCCAACUUCCUUCUCUGAAACGAUUUGUUUUUUGUGAAACUGCUUUAGCAGAAAAUGAUGAGGAAACCAGAGAACUUUUUCGUUUAUUAAGGCUUAUAUGCCACUGGCUUUAA